CUUUCACGUCGAUUUUUUGUUCUACAAAUACAUGUGACGAAUCCGAUUUAUUAAUACAAUCAUCUAAAAAUAUCCAACUUUGACGAUUAUUUAGAAAUGAGUUAUCAUCCGCAAUAUGUAAUAAGGCCCGAAAGUCCGCAAUGUCUAUUUUUAACGCUACUUGUAUCACGCCAACAGUGAUAUGUUACUAUAUAUGUGCACAUAUGUGAUUACCAAACAUUGGACUCAACGCGACAUCCAGUGGGCAAGACUGAGCCUACUUUAAUCGCUUAACGCUCAAUUGAACUGCCACAGGUACAUUGCUGUACAUUGGCUGCUCUGGUCAUCUGCUGCUCCUGCUCAUCUUCUAAUGCUUCAUUUAACAUAAUGGAAGAUGAUGAUGAUUACAGUGACAGCAGUUUCAGUUUGUUCGAUAUUUAUGACAACAGUUACUUGAGCGAGUUGUAUCGUAGGUUAACCGCCGAAACAAACAGUAUGAGUGAUGAUAAUUUCAGUGACAGCAGCGACAGUUCUUCUAUGUACGAAAUUCCAGACCAAGAUUUCGAUGAGAAUGUCGAAGUCAACGAAGACGUGUUGGAAGAAGAUGACGAUUCGUCUAGUGAUGCUAUGAGCGAUGCAAGCACUGUAGUCACAGGUGAAGAUCAACUACGAGCAAGUCAGUCUGGCACAGAAACAGAAGUAGAAAAUGAAGAGCAAUCUAAUGAAGAAAUUGUUCAAUCUCAAAAGAAAAUUAAGCUUGAUGAAACAGUUGAAAACCAACCUGGAAUACUUCAUAACGAUUCCUCUGACGAAGAUCAAAGAUGUCCAAUAUGUUUGGAAGUUUGGAGCAAUGCUGGUGAGCAUAGGCUGUGCUCUUUACGCUGUGGACAUCUUUUUGGACUUAAAUGCAUAACACAAUGGUUUAGUGUCGCACAAAAUGCUUGUGCUCGGAAAUGUCCAGAAUGUAACACAAAAGCUUCAAAGAAAGACAUUAGAGUUUUAUAUGCGAAAAGUCUGCGUUGCGUUGACACAAGUGAAAUUGAAGAAUUAAAAAUGCAAUUGAAAGAUGCUAUUACUCAAAAAGAGACCUUCCAGAAACAAGUCGUACAAUUUGAAUCCAAGGAAGUGGUUUAUAAGCAGCAGAUAAAUAAUUUAAAACUAACAAUUAGUGAUUUGAGAAAACAAGUAGAACAUUUAACAUCCACUAAAAGUAGUUUUUUAAUACAAUAUAAAAAUAAUACUCUCCAAGAGAGAAAAGUUUUUGAUAUAUGCAAGAGUGAUUCAUGCAGAGUCAUGGCUUAUAAUCCAUGGUACAAGAAUUUGGUAGUCUGUGCAGGAAACAUGGUUAAUAAAAUAUGCAUGAGUUCACUUGUAAUCACCUCAAAGACACCUCUCCAUAAAGGGCCAAUAAGAGACAUAGCCUUCCAAGAGCAACAUCAAAAUUAUCUCUUAACUGUUGGGUUUGAUAAAAAAGUCAUGUUGAGUGAUAUAAGGACCCAUAUUUUAGUUCAUAGUUUUGCAGAACAUGAGAAUCUUUGGAGUUGUUGCUGGAGUAAUUACAGUAGUUAUAAUUUUUUUGCUGGAGGUAAUAAAGGCAUUGUAAUUGAAUAUGAUAUCAGAAACUUGAGAUGUGGAGUGGCAACCAGAGAAAAUGCUGAAGACAAAACUCCUGUUGUAUCUAUCGCAUCUGUUCCUAGUAGCAGUCCAGCUUUUUCUGCUGGUGGUUACUUGGCGUGUCAAUUUAAUUCAUGUUAUGCUUAUUGUUUUAAAGAGGGGAGCCAUGUUGGAUAUAAAAUUGACAUUGAAGGACCUUUUGCAUCAUUGCGAUACAACGAAAGAGACAAUCAUGUACUACUUUCAUGUAAACCUACUCUUAAACAUCCAACACGUCACAUAGUAUGUUCAAUAGCAAAAAGUAAUGACAAAAUAUUGUUCAACCAAGUGCAUACAUUUACUGCUGGCAAUUGCCAGAAAUACUUAGCAAGACCUUGUUACAUGAACUUACAAAAUGAUACAAUGGUAGUUGCCAGCAAUGAAAGUGAAAAUCUUAUUAUGGCUUGGAGUAUUUCCUCAGGGCAGCAAGCUUAUACAAUUUCAAUACCAUCCUCUGAGUCCGUACUUGAUGUUUGCGCCUUUGAAACUGGAAGUGAUGUGUAUCAAGCUGUACUUACCAGGAAUAAACUUCAACUAUUUUGUCAUACUUGAAAUU